AUGGCGAGCCCUCCGGAGACGGACGGCUUCUCGGACGUGCGCAAGGUGGGCUACCUGCGCAAACCCAAGAGCAUGCACAAGCGAUUCUUCGUGCUGCGGGCGGCCAGCGAGGCUGGGGGCCCGGCGCGCCUCGAGUACUACGAGAACGAGAAGAAGUGGCGGCACAAGUCGAGCGCCCCCAAACGCUCGAUCCCCCUGGAGAGCUGCUUCAACAUCAACAAGCGGGCGGACUCCAAGAACAAGCACCUGGUGGCCCUCUACACCCGGGACGAGCACUUUGCCAUCGCGGCAGACAGCGAGGCCGAGCAGGACAGCUGGUACCAGGCCCUCCUGCAGCUGCACAACCGUGCCAAGGGCCACCACGACGGGGCCGCGGCGCCUGGGGCCGGAGGCGGCGGGGGCAGCUGCAGUGGCAGCUCCGGCCUCGGGGAGGCCGGGGAGGACUUGAGCUACGGGGACGUGCCCCCAGGACCCGCCUUCAAGGAGGUCUGGCAGGUGAUCCUGAAACCCAAGGGCCUGGGUCAGACAAAGAACCUGAUUGGCAUCUACCGCCUCUGCCUGACCAGCAAGACCAUCAGCUUCGUGAAGCUGAACUCGGAGGCGGCGGCCGUGGUGCUGCAGCUGAUGAACAUCAGGCGCUGUGGCCACUCAGAGAACUUCUUCUUCAUCGAAGUGGGCCGUUCCGCAGUGACGGGCCCGGGGGAGUUCUGGAUGCAGGUGGACGACUCCGUGGUGGCCCAGAACAUGCACGAGACAAUCUUGGAGGCCAUGCGGGCCAUGAGCGAUGAGUUCCGCCCUCGAAGCAAGAGUCAGUCAUCCUCCAACUGCUCCAACCCCAUCAGUGUGCCGCUGCGGAGGCAUCACCUCAACAACCCUCCACCCAGCCAGGUGGGGCUGACCCGCCGCUCGCGCACCGAGAGCAUCACGGCCACCUCCCCGGCCAGUUUGGUGGGCGGGAAGCAGGGCUCCUUCCGCGUGCGUGCCUCCAGUGAUGGCGAAGGCACCAUGUCUCGCCCCGCCUCUGUGGACGGCAGUCCUGUGAGUCCUAGCACCAACAGGACCCACGCCCACCGCCAUCGAGGCAGCUCCCGGCUGCACCCGCCUCUCAACCACAGCCGCUCCAUCCCCAUGCCUUCUUCUCGCUGCUCGCCUUCCGCCACCAGCCCGGUCAGUCUGUCGUCCAGCAGCACGAGUGGCCACGGCUCCACCUCAGACUGCCUCUUCCCGCGGCGGUCUAGUGCUUCUGUGUCUGGUUCCCCCAGUGAUGGCGGCUUCAUCUCCUCCGAUGAGUAUGGCUCCAGUCCCUGCGAUUUCCGAAGUUCUUUCCGCAGCGUCACCCCAGAUUCCCUGGGCCACACCCCGCCUGCCCGGGGUGAGGAGGAGCUAAGCAACUACAUCUGCAUGGGAGGCAAGGGGGCCUCCACCCUCACUGCCCCCAAUGGUCACUACAUUUUGCCCCGGGGUGGCAAUGGUCACCGCUAUGUGCCAGCUGCCGGCUUGGGCACGAGCCCAGCCCUGCCAGGAGAGGAAGCAGCCGGUGUGGCAGAUCUGGAUAAUCGGUUCCGAAAGCGGACUCACUCUGCGGGCACCUCGCCUACCAUUUCCCACCAGAAAACCCCGUCUCAGUCCUCUGUGGCUUCCAUUGAGGAAUACACCGAAAUGAUGCCCACCUACCCACCAGGAGGUGGCAGUGGAGGCCGAGUACCCAGCUACCGGCACUCCGCCUUCGUGCCCACCCACUCCUACCCAGAGGAGGGUCUGGAAAUGCACCCCUUGGAGCGACGUGGGGGCCACCACCGCCCAGACACCUCCAGCCUUCACACCGAUGAUGGCUACAUGCCCAUGUCCCCAGGGGUGGCCCCGGUGCCCGGCAGCCGGAAAGGCAGUGGGGACUACAUGCCCAUGAGCCCCAAGAGCGUGUCUGCCCCGCAGCAGAUCAUCAACCCCAUCAGACGCCAUCCCCAGAGAGUGGACCCCAACGGCUACAUGAUGAUGUCCCCAAGCGGCAGCUGCUCUCCUGACAUUGGAGGUGGGCCCAGCAGCGGCGGCAGCAGCGGCGGCGCCGCCCCUUCUGGGAGCAGCUAUGGCAAACUCUGGGCAAAUGGCGUAGGGGGCCACCACUCUCACGCCCUGCCACACCCCAAACUCCCGGUGGAGAGCGGUAGUGGCAAACUCUUGUCUUGUACAGGUGACUACAUGAACAUGUCGCCCGUCGGGGACUCCAACACCAGCAGCCCCUCCGACUGCUACUAUGGCCCCGAGGACCCGCAGCACAAGCCCGUCCUCUCCUACUACUCACUGCCAAGGUCCUUUAAGCACACCCAGCGCCCUGGGGAGCUGGAGGAGACCCGGCACCCCCAGCAUCUCCGCCUCUCCUCCAGUUCCGGUCGACUCCUCUACACGGCGGCCGCAGAAGAUUCCUCCUCGUCCACCAGCAGCGACAGCCUGGGCGGGGGGUACUGUGGGGCUCGGCCGGAGCCCGGGCUCCCGCAUCUCCAUCAUCAGGUCCUGCAGGCCCAUCUGCCUCGAAAGGUGGACACAGCUGCCCAGACCAACAACCGCCUGGCUCGGCCCACGAGGCUGUCUCUGGGGGAUCCCAAGGCCAGCACCUUACCUCGGGCCCGAGAGCAGCAGCCGCCACCCCCCUUGCUGCUCCCUCCGGAGCCCAAGAGCCCAGGGGAGUAUGUGAAUAUUGAAUUUGGGAGCGAUCAGCCAGGCUACUUAUCGGGCCCGGUGGUGUCCCACAGCUCGCCUUCCAUCAGGUGUCCGUCCCAGCUCCAGCCAGCUCCCAGAGAGGAGGAGACGGGCGCAGAAGAGUAUAUGAACAUGGACCUGGGGCCAGGCCGGAGGGCCACCUGGCAGGAGAGCGUGGGGCUUCAGCCGGGCAGGGUGGGCCCGGCGCCCCCUGGAGCUGCUAGCGUGUGCAGGCCGACCAGGGCGGUGCCCGGCAGCCGCGGCGACUACAUGACCAUGCAGAUGGGCGGUCCCCGGCAGAACUACGUGGACACCUCACCCGUCGCGCCCAUCAGCUACGCCGACAUGCGGACGGGCGUCGUUGUGGAGGAAGCCAGCCUGCCCGGGGCCACCGCGGCCGCUCCCUCCUCAUCCUCGACGGCCUCUGUUUCCUCCACUGCGCCUCCGGGAACAGGGGAGCUGGCGGCCCGCUCGGCCCUGCUGGGGGGCCCGAGCGCCUUCACGCGGGUGAACCUCAGCCCCAACCGCAACCAGAGUGCCAAAGUGAUCCGUGCCGACCCGCAAGGGUGCAGGAGGCGGCACAGCUCCGAGACCUUCUCCUCGACGCCCAGUGCCACCCGGGUGGGCAACACGGUGCCCUUCGGAGCCGGGGCUGCCGUCGGGGGCGGUGGUGGUGGCGGCAGCAACAGCGCCGAGGAUGUCAAACGCCACAGCUCUGCUUCCUUCGAGAACGUGUGGCUGAGGCCUGGGGAGCUCGGGGGAGCCCCCAAGGAGCUGGCCCAAGUGUGCGGGGCCGCUGGCGGUUUGGAGAAUGGUCUCAACUACAUAGACCUGGAUUUGGUCGAGGACUUCAAACAGCGCCCUCAAGAGUGCCCACCUCAACCGCAGCCUCCUCCUCUCCCGGCCCCGCAUCAGCCUCUGGGCAGUAGUCAGAGUGGCCCCACCAGCCGCUCCAGUGAGGAUCUAAGCGCCUAUGCCAGCAUCACUUUCCAGAAGCAGCCAGAGGACCUCCAGUAG